UGACCGCGUCUCCAAGAGUGACGUGGUCACGCGCGCUCCCCACCUGAACCGGCGCGGGUCCGAAGCAGCCAGAGCUCUGUUUUCAUUGCCGCAUUCCGGAGGCAGUCGCAUCGCGCGCGCCGCCCGUGCCAUACGCACCAUGCUGUCUCUACUGAUCGUUGCCGUCCUCGCCGCCGCGGCCGCCCAGAACGACACCGACCCCCCGCCGCCCUUAGCACGUCGCGAACAGUUCCGCGUCAUCUACGAAUGGACCUACAUAGACUACGAGUGGCCAUCCCCCGAAGAGCGGGAUGCCUCCCUCAAUACCAGCCGAUACAUACCGCAAAACGUCCUAAUAUCUGGCAUAAACUUCUACGGAGAAAACCUAUUCCUGACGAUGCCGAGGAUGCUGGACGGAGUGCCGGCGACCCUGGCGACCAUCCCGGUGCGCCCCACCAGCACGGCGCCGAAGUUGCAACCAUUUCCUAGCUGGAGCGAUAAUGCAGUUGGUAAUUGCAGUGCCUUGCAAUUUGUGCAAAAUAUUGAAAUCGAUCGGAACGGCAUCAUGUGGAUCCUGGACAACGGCCGAAUCGGAACCCUCACUCCCAAACCGAGCACCAAGUGCCCGCCUUCUAUUGUUUUAAUCGAUCUUAAGAGCGGUGACAAUAAAAUGGAGCGUAUACCGUUUUCCCCCGAUGCGGUGAACCCACUCAAUACUUAUUUGAACGACCUGGUGGUAGACAACCGGGACGGGGACUACGCUUACAUCACAGAUAAUAGUGCUGUCGAUCCGGGCAUCAUAGUUUUUCGGCGUAGUGACAAGAAAUCGUGGAAACUUCGCGACACCCGCUCUAUGACUUCAGUAACAGGAGCUACGCUGUUCCGCAUCAACGGAACUUCCGUUAAUCUUCCCGUGAACAUCGAUGGCAUCGCUCUCGGACCACAGUUCAGGACGAUGGAUGCUAAAAUCGACAGAACAGUGUACUACAGCCCGCUUUCCAGUUUUCAUCUAUAUGCAGUUAACGCUUCAGUUUUACGCAACGAAUCGCUCGGAACAAGCGGCGACAGCAGCGCGCUGCGACCCUACGUCGUCGACGUGGGGGUGAAAGCUUCUCAGACUGAUGGCAUGAAAAUGGAUUCUAAAGGCCUCUUAUUUUACGGUUUGAUUGGUAAUUCAACGAUCGCCGAGUGGAAUUCAACAUACGAUUUUCACGUGGGACAACGUACUAUCGCCCGAGACCCCACAUUCAUCCAGUGGGUCGACCGUUUUGCUUUCGACGGUAGCGGCAACAUCUACGUGGUGGUGAACAGGCUCUUCAACUUCGUGAAACAGCAGGUGUCAACGAGCGAAGUAAACUACAGGAUACUGCGAUGCUACACGGGAUCGAAGAGUUACGUGUUUGGAGAAAACCUAUCGACCGAGCCUGAGUAUAACGCGGCAGCGUUUCCAACUCUGGCCAUAUCUAUGUUUAUGGUGAUGUUCGCGCACUUGCUCGCCUAGUGCGCCAGCUCGGUCGCGGUCCCGGGCCGACCCUGACCCUGAAAGCCAGUGAAUAAUUACGUGACGCUCGGACUGAUAUGAUGCGUAACAUAACCAAAAAUUAAAAGUUACCUUGACCGCUGAGUCAGAACAGUGAUAAUGCUAAUAAAUGUUAGUUUUAUUUGGAGAAAAGAAAAGUUAAAUUUGUAUUAGGUACUCGUAACUGCGUGACCUUUUACCUACAGGAUGCAGUUGCGCUGAACUGAAGAUGAGACUAUGGUUGUUCAAUGCAUGCGAGGCGAUAGGUCGAGGUCGCUUACCAAAUGCUAUACCUCUAAACAAUAUACAUUCCAAGUCUCAAUAGGUGCACCUUCGUGUAACUAUUUUAGCCAGUGUCUCUUAUUAAAUUAGCGCUUUGAUUUAAUUAUGGAGAACAUAAACCAAAAAAUUAUAAUCUCAGUCAAAUAAUUACGUAUUGAGCCACCAUAUGUAGAAAUAUUUUAAUUAUGGUUUUAAACCUGUCAUUAAGUAAUAUAUUUUAAAAAAAACGUGAACAUAAUAAGUAAAAAAAAUACUAGGGAAUGUUUUAACGAUAGCUUUACAAUAUGCGUUUAGAUGACAUACGUAACAUCUUCAAAAAAUCGGUCUGAACCAACACAGGGUAAUUUGAGAAAUAUUUUUUUAACUACUGAAGUUCUCGUUUAAUGUUCCCUAAAUUUAAAUUUUGUUACCAAUGUAAUUUGUGAUUAGUCUUACGUUUAAUUUAAAUUGUUUAAUGAAAUAUUCAUAAUGUGACUAAAUUGUGAGACAGUAGUGUGAAUGUGGGGUGAUUGAAAUUAAAUAAACGUGUUUAUCAAUU